CGCAGCAGCCUGAGUUGGCUCCGCUCCCUCCCCUCCGGCCCGGAGACGCUCGAGGAUUAGGGAAGGGAGGGAAAUCCAUCAGGCGAGAGGCAGGUCGGGGAGGCGGGCCGUCAGCAUCCCUCCGCUCCGCCCGGGCCGGCGGCGCCGUAGGGCGAGCUCCGGUGCGGGCGCAGGAAGGGGCCGAGCUGCCAGAGGUGCUCAGGGCGCCGGCGGCUCCCAGCGGCCCGGAUCCGCGGCUGGGGGCUGGCGGGGCUCGGCGGCGGGAGAAGCCGCCGCUGCUGUUGGCGUGUCCGUCGCUCGCAGCGCCGGCUCUCCCGGGAUGGGCCUCCAGGAGCUGGCGGUGUGGCUGCUGGCGGCGGCGGGGCUCGUGCGCGAAUCUCUGCAAGGAGAAUUCCAAAGGAAGCUUUACAAGGAGCUGCUGAAAAAUUACAAUCCGUUGGAGCGACCAGUUGCAAAUGAUUCCCAGCCACUCACUGUCUAUUUCACUCUCAGCCUCAUGCAGAUCAUGGAUGUGGAUGAAAAGAAUCAAGUAUUAACCACAAAUAUUUGGCUACAAAUGUACUGGACAGACCAUUAUCUGCAGUGGAACGUGUCUGAAUACCCAGGAGUGAAGAAUGUCCGUUUUCCUGAUGGACUGAUUUGGAAGCCCGAUAUUCUUCUCUAUAACAGUGCUGAUGAAAGAUUUGAUGCUACUUUUCACACUAAUGUUUUAGUCAAUUCUUCAGGACAUUGCCAAUACCUGCCACCAGGCAUAUUUAAGAGCUCAUGCUACAUAGAUGUGCGCUGGUUUCCAUUUGAUGUUCAGAAAUGUAACCUGAAGUUUGGAUCCUGGACUUAUGGAGGCUGGUCCUUGGACUUACAAAUGCAAGAAGCAGAUAUAUCUGGCUAUAUUUCAAAUGGAGAAUGGGAUUUAGUAGGAGUUCCUGGGAAGAGAACUGAGAGCUUUUAUGAAUGUUGCAAGGAACCCUACCCAGAUGUAACCUUCACAGUUACCAUGAGACGCAGGACUCUCUACUACGGACUCAACCUCCUCAUUCCUUGUGUCCUGAUAUCUGCACUUGCCUUGCUGGUUUUCCUGCUUCCAGCAGACUCAGGAGAAAAAAUCUCACUAGGUAUAACAGUUUUAUUGUCUCUCACUGUGUUCAUGCUGCUCGUGGCUGAAAUUAUGCCAGCAACCUCUGACUCUGUGCCAUUAAUUGCUCAGUAUUUUGCCAGCACUAUGAUUAUUGUUGGUCUUUCUGUUGUUGUCACUGUUAUUGUUCUACAAUACCACCAUCAUGAUCCAGAUGGAGGAAAAAUGCCCAAAUGGACAAGAAUCAUCCUUCUGAAUUGGUGUGCUUGGUUUCUGAGGAUGAAAAGACCAGGGGAAGAAAAAGUGCGGCCUGCCUGCCAACACAAACAGCGGCGCUGCAGCCUGUCCAGUGUGGAGAUGAACACUGUGAGUGGCCAGCAGGCCAGUAAUGGCAACAUGCUGUACAUUGGCUUCAGGGGGCUGGAAGGGGUUCACUGCACACCCACCACUGACUCGGGUGUGAUCUGUGGGAGGAUGACCUGCUCACCAACAGAUGAAGAAAACCUGCUGCACAGUGGGCACCCCUCUGAAGGUGACCCAGACUUGGCUAAGAUUUUGGAAGAGGUCAGGUACAUUGCAAACCGAUUCAGAGACCAGGAUGAAGAGGAAGCCAUUUGCAAUGAAUGGAAAUUUGCAGCCUCUGUAGUGGAUCGGCUCUGUUUGAUGGCCUUCUCAGUAUUCACAAUCAUUUGUACAAUUGGUAUUUUAAUGUCAGCACCAAACUUUGUAGAGGCUGUGUCUAAAGAUUUUGCUUAACUCCUAACUAAAACCUGCUUCUCUGAUUGGUAUGUAGCAAAUAAGAAUGUGGGGUCUUUGAUUGUUUUUAAUGAGUAUAAUGCUUCUCAUUGUCUGCUUUCUUUUGCCCCCCCCCCCCCUGGUCCUGAGUUCCUUUUAGAAGAAUGGCACCAUUUCAGAAGGGAAGGCAAGAGUUUCUCUCUGGGCUAUGUCUAUGUAGCUCCUCUGAGCACUCUUUUGUGGAAAAUGCCAAGUGGCUGCAUGUCCCUUCAGAAUGAUGGGGUAUUGAACCACCACCUCUUACACAUGUUCAAACUGGCUGUUCCAAAACAAGAGGUAGGCAAUGUCAGAAAUGGCACUUCUUCCAGACUUUGUUAUAAAGGAUAGUACAGUCCAUCUUAUCUAUUUGAAUGAGUGAUCAUAGACAUAUUUAAGAGAAGAUUUAAUCCAAAUGGCUGCUCAAACAGAGAAAAGGGAGAAAUGUCAUGCAGCUCUUGAGCCCCUCACUUGCACCCUGUAGCUCCCUCCAUGCACUUUGCAUACAACAUAUAUGACUUUCAGGAUUUUGAAUUUGUCUGAGACACCAGAAACCUGAAAGCUGAGAACACACCACAUAACUUGUCCUUCAUAUCUUUCUGGAUUUGACCUAGAAAUUAGGCUUGAAUUCUAAAACAGGCUUCACAGUAAUUGUUGCAGCUUACUACUUACUACUUCUUCCUUCUCCCAGAAAGGCAUUCUUUCAAAUAAUAGCCAUUUUAACUAUCAAAAAGAAAAAUGAUUGAUUUAAGAUGCCUUUAUCAUCACUUGCUUAAAAAAACCCAACCCCCACACUUGUCUCUUUACUGUUAACUGGAUUCCAGUGUGGAAAAAGUAACUCAAUGUCUUGUACAGGCUUAAGCAUAAAUGAAGAAUCUAAAGCAAAAAAAGCCAGUAAAUCCUGAGAUCAAGGUUUCCAUUUAAAAAUUAAAAGUUUGAUCUGCUGAAUGCUUAGCCUUUUAUAUAACUCCGUCUGUUGAGUCACCGUAACAUUGUCUUUACAAGAAAAUUGCACCUUUUCUGCUCACUCUAUCAUCAGAUGAGUACUAAUGAAUAAUAAAGCUUCUGAUAUAAACUAUUAACUGUAUAAA